AUGGACUAUGGCUACCCGGCCCCUCCGCCUGUGCCCUCUGGGGCCUGCUCAACGCAGGUCCUGGGUGCUGCUCCUUUCUCUGCAGAGGAGCUGCAGUACUACCAGCAGCUUCACAGCCAUUUGGGGCAGGGCCCUGUGGACGGCCGCGCUGGCGCCAACUUCCUCAUGCAGAGCGGGCUUCCCAUGCCAGUGCUGCACGACAUCUGGGAGAUCGCUGACUCGCAAUCUCAGGGGGUUCUGAGCCAGGAGCAGUUCUACAACGCCUUGAGGCUGGUCGCCUGGGCUCAGGCCGGCCGCGAAGUGGGUGCAGAGCUGAUAGGCCAAGCGCCACCUGCGCUGCCAGACUUUGCGGCCCUCUCGCCCUCCUCAAAGACGCCCAGUGGAAAUACCAGCCCGAGGCCAAAGACGCCCACCCCGGAGCCGCACCCGGCCACGCCAGCAGCGCUGGAGCCCGCCUUCAGCUUCCCGGAGCCGGAGCCCUUCAGCAGCGCGGCGGACUCCUUUGGGGCCUUUCCCUCAGCAUCUGCUCCGGAAACGGCUGCCUUCGGCGAGGAGCUGACGUCGGCGGCCGAGCCGUUUGGCUUUGAGGCCAAGUCCGAGGGCGCCUUGGGCGAUGCCUUCGGUGCCUGGGGUGAGUCGGGUGCCUGGCAAGAGCCGGCUGCGGCCUGGGAGGCCCCCGGCGAGGACCCCUUCCGAACCGAGCAGGGCGAGCGGUCUCCGACCGAGAGGCGCCACAAGAGCCCAGACAAAACUCUGCGCAGCACCGAGAAGUCGCCGAAGUCGCCGAAGUCGGUGGCCCGGGACGAGGAGGCGCUCUCAGAGCUGAGCCGGCGCUUCGAGAAGGUGCUAGCGGCGGAUCGGGAGGUCUCCAAGCUGAUCCGAGAAGAGAUGCAAGGCUUGGAGGAUGAGCUGAGGUCGGUCCAGGAUUCCAGGCUCCAGUUGGAUCGGCAGAACACGCAAGAGGCCAAGGAGCGCGAGCAGCUCAGCGCCGAGAGCCAGCGACUGGAGCUGCAGCUUUCGGAGGCGAAGCAGCGGCUGCUGGCGCUCAGGGACGACUGCCGCGCCAUGAACUUGGAGAGCCUCUCCAUGCGCCGGGACCGAAGCCAUUUGGCGGAGGAGAUGGCCUUCCUGCAGCGGAGUCUGGACACAGAGACCCGGUCCCUGGAAGGCUUGGCAAAGAUGAACCAGAGCAUUCUGAACUUCAACGGCGGCAUGGAAGCCAACGCAGAGUUGCUGGCGAGGCAGCGGAAAGAGCUGCAAUUGUCCAAGGAGCAACAGCAGGCGCGGCAGGAGGAGCGCCAGAACAACGAGCUCCGCAACUUGCUGGAUCGCAGGAGACGGGAGCAAGCUGCCAUGCUGGCUAGCCACCAGGACUUGCAGCAGAAGCACCAGCUGGUCAGAGCCAUGCAGACAGACAAUGUGUCUGCGCUGAGCGCCAUGACCAAAAGCGUGCCUUUGGACGGACAUUCCUGGGCAACCUCUUUGCUGGGCUCCAGGACGUGA